UGCGCGUGCUCGUGCUUUGUCUGCUGUCCGCGGCCGCGGCCGCCGUCGCCGAGGUGCCAGAGCCCUCCCCCGUGACCCUGGGGCUCGACAGCGGCGAGGCCGCCGCCGGUCGCAGUCAGGACGAGACCCAGGAGCGGCGGUACGACGGCCACGUCGUGCUCCGGGUCGUGCCGCGCACGUCGGCCGACCUGGACGCCUUGGAUAAGAUACUGGUCCACGACAGCGAGGUGGGUGAACUUGGCGCUUCGGAAACUUUGGCACGACCACGGGAGCGAUGACAAACAUGUGGCUGUGCGCCUGAGUGCAGGUGGACGUUUGGAGGCCAGCAUCGCGGGCGGGCGAGGAGGUGCACAUCUGCGUACCACCUUGGCGGCUCGACGGCGUCGUCGGUGACCUGGAGAGCCACGGGUUACAGCAAAGCGUCAUGAUUCGGAACGUGCAGGGACACAUCGACAACCAAACCCAGUCUGACGUCGGACGUGACCGUCACGGUGAAUUCGGCUUUGACAACUUUUAUCGCAUUGAUACCAUUUACAGCUGGAUGUACAAGCUGGCGAAGCGGUCCGGUGGCGUGGCGAGCGUCGUCAAGGGUGGGCUGACCUCCGAGGGCCGGCACAUCCUCGGCGUGCGCGUCGCCCACGCCCCGGACCUGCCCGUCGUGAUCCUGGAGGGCGGCGUCCACGGCCGCGAGUGGGCGUCCACGGCGGCGGCCGCCUUCGUCCUGGACCAGCUCGUCGCCGGCGAGGACCCCGAGGUGCGGCGGCUGGCGCGCUCCUACGAGUGGCACGUCUUCCCCUCCGUCAACCCGGACGGCUACGAGUACUCGCACACCACGGCAGCACGAAUGACCCUCAUGACCCCGCAGGACCGCCUCUGGAGCAAGUCCCGCGCGCGCACCACGGUCCGCUGCCACGGCGCUGACCUCAACAGGAACUUCCCCCAUCACUGGGGAACCACGGGCGUCUCCUGGGACAUGUGCUCCAACCUCUACCCGGGGACGCGCGCCGCGUCCGAGAUCGAGACCCGGACCCGCAUGGCGUACCUGAGCCCGCUCCUCGACCGCACCAGGGCCUUCAUCGCCCUGCACAGCUACGGCCAGUUUCUGCUCUUCCCCUGGGGCCACUCGACGAGCAGGG